GACGACGACCUUGAAGAUGAAAGCAGGACCCCUUUUCCGAAUAUAACCGUAACUGGGCGCUCAAUAUCAGCUAGUAGAGGUACUGCACCACCUGGAAAUCCGAAUGUUGGAACAUCUACUAGGAUGAUGUCUCCGUUCUUACCACCAGAUGUAGUCGUAGACAAGAGAGUAAUGAAUCUGCCGUAUAAUACCAAUGUCAAUGCAGGUAAUUCUCAAGAACAUGCAUUAUUAAGGCUCAACUUUCAGUGGUCAUUGAUUGAGGUUGGUCACUGAGAUCGAAGAGGGGGCCCCUUGAGAGAACAGAGGAAAACGAAGGGAGAAGGGGAAAGCUUUGGAGGUGGCCCCUUCCGUUCAGCAUCAGUGGCCCCUGACUGCUGGCCUUUAAAUGCAACGGCUACUGGUGCAACGUUAUCAUCGACUAGUUGCACAACGCAGAAAGAUGUAGGGGAUGAAUCUCCUCCAACUCCAACAAGUAGCGAACGCGAAGGGACAAAUAGGAGACGUGUCCCACUGUCCUCAAGCUCACAAUCACU